ACUCACCAACCAGGGGAUUAGGUAUGUGGUCAUUGAUUGGUGGAUGAAUGCUCUUAGGAAAAAGAAAAAACUCCCCUGGCCAUCCACUUCUACCGUCAACUAUUCCACCUUCUUCUUUUACCAAGUUCCCUCCAUCCUCCAACCACAACAAGACGAGUGUGCGCGGUAGGUGGAGGAUGUGAAAUUAUCCUCCACUGCCGUGGAAUUACUACUACUACUUAGUUCGUACUCAUCAGUGCUCAGCACAAAAAAAAAAAAAAAAGAAAAAAAAAAAAACAAUGUCGUGGGCGGUGAGCGAUGAUGAGGAAGAAGCCCAGCUAUUCGCCAUGCAACUGGCUAGCGCAUCGGUGCUUCCGAUGGUGCUGAAGACGGCGAUUGAGCUGGAUUUGCUGGAGAUCAUUGGGAGAGGCGGGGAGGGGGCUCUGUUAUCCCCGUCCCAAAUCGCUUCCCAACUAUCUGGGCUUAAAAACCCUGAGGCCCACGUGAUGCUUGACCGCAUGUUGCGCCUGCUGGCCAGCUACUCCAUCCUCACUUGCUCUCUCAAUCCCCUCCCCGAUGGCUCCCUCCAGAGGCUUUACGGUCUCGCCCCUGUCUCCAAGUUCUUGAUCAAGAAUCAAGACGGCGUCUCUAUUGCCCCUCUUUGUCUCAUGAAUCAAGACAAGGUCCUCAUGGAGAGCUGGUACCAUUUGAAAGAUGCUGUGCUCGAAGGAGGGAUUCCUUUCAACAGAGCCUACGGAAUAAGUGCCUUCGAAUACCACGGAACAGAUCCCAGAUUCAACAAGGUGUUUAACAAGGGAAUGUCCGACCAUUCCACCAUUACCAUGAAGAAGAUUCUGGAGACCUACAAAGGGUUUGAAGGCCUUAAUUCUGUGGUGGAUGUCGGGGGAGGCACCGGAGCCGUACUCAACAUGAUUGUUUCCAAGUACCCCUCUAUUAGAGGAAUCAACUUCGACCUCCCUCAUGUCAUUCAGGAUGCCCCUCCCUACCCAGGCGUGGAACAUGUUGGGGGUGACAUGUUUGUCAGCGUUCCAAAGGGGGAUGCCAUUUUCAUGAAGUGGAUCUGCCACGAUUGGAGCGACCACCACUGCCUCAAAUUCUUGAAGAAUUGCUACGAUGCGUUGCCGGAGCACGGCAAGGUGAUUGUGGCUGAAUGCAUUCUUCCCGUAGCACCCGACGCCAGCCUCGCCACCAAAGGAGUCAUUCACAUCGACCUCAUAAUGCUGGCUCACAACCCCGGAGGCAAAGAAAGGACCGAGAAAGAGUUUCAAGCCUUGUCGAAAGCUGCUGGAUUUCUUGGUUUUAAGGUCCACUGCUGUGCUUUUAACACUUAUGUCAUGGAAUUUCUCAAGACACCUUAGAUUUAUUACUUCCGCCCUCUCCCAUGCAUUAUGGGGUUUUUCUUUUCCUAUCAAUAAUGCACCUUUUGUGGCCAUAUACAUUGGAGUUUUCCAGCAUUACGAAGGUUGCCUUGUUGGAAAUUGGAAUUUUAAUCAUUAAUAGCACCUCAUUAUUACCUCUUA